CGCGAGGGACGAGGCGGCGCGCAGCUCGGCCUUGCACUGAGAAAUGUCCUCCGCGAGCUGUUUGCUCAACUCCAGGGACGAACGGAGAAGCGCCCAAAUCCUGGCCUGGGGGGGGGUUAAAUAACAAACCUAAUUAAACUAAAACAUUAACACCUGGGGCAAAUCAGAGACUUAAUCAGACUUAACUCAGUGUCCAAGCGGGAAGUGAUUGAAAACAAAAGUGUCACGUGACCAGUCAGCGGCCGUACCGCAGUGCCAUUUGCUGGCCGUGGCGUAACAUCGUGCGACCAAGUAAAGAUGAAGAAAAUCAAGAUUGUUUUUUUCUGUCUCUCUCAGGUGAACAUGGAGAACGUCAGCUGGCUGUACAGAACCCGACGCAGGAGACGAGCUCUGGAGUCCAUGGCUCUGCUCAUUAUGAUCUCUCUGUGUGUGCUCCUGAUCCUGUAUAUCACCACGCCAGAAACAAAAUCACAUCACCGAAGAUGGUUAGUCAGGCGCAGCCUCUGGUGAUGACGACUCCUAGGUGUGAACAAAACGUGUCAGUCGCUAACAUUGAGGAAUUUUCUACCUUUCCAACUCCUAUGCAGGACUUCCUGUAUGACCGCCACUAUAGGUAUUUCCCAAUGUUGCUCACCGUUCCUAACAAGUGCACCAUUCCAAAGAGGUCAGGAGAACCCUUUUUUCUGCUGACCAUCAAAAGUUCACCGGAGAAUUACGAACGGCGGGCAGUCUUGCGCAAAACGUGGGCGGCGGAGAGACUACAGAACGGGAUGUGGAUCCGCACCGUGUUCCUGACCGGCACCACCGGGACAGGCUUCAAGAAGCAGAGGUUAAACAAACUCCUGAAGCUGGAGAACACGAGGUACCAGGACAUUCUGCAGUGGGACUUCACGGAUUCCUUCUACAACCUUAUGCUCAAGCAGGUCCUGUUCCUUGACUGGAUGCAGAACUGGUGUCCCACUGCGGAUUUCCUCUUUAAUGGAGACGACGAUGUUUUUGCCAACACGGACAACAUGGUGGAGUUCCUCAAAGGGCAGAGAGAUAACAAACACCUGUACAUCGGCCAGCUGCUCCUGACCAGCCCACCUGUUCGGAACAAAAACAGUAAAUAUUUCAUCCCGGAACUGAUCGAGAAAGCCGACAUGUACGCUCCAUACUGCAGUGGAGGUGGCUACCUGUACUCCCGCUUCACUGCCAGGACCAUUCUCCAAAUGUCCCAGUCCAUCACCCUGAUGCCCAUUGACGACGUUUACAUGGGCAUGUGUCUGCAACGAGCCGGACUCCGACCCAUGAACCACCAUGGAGUCUGGGCCAACGGCCUCAUUAUUCCUUCUAACAAACUGGACAUUUAUGAUCCCUGCCAUUACCGUGAGAUUAUCCUCAGCCACAAAUUCUUCCCUCAUCAGAUUUUCCUUCUGUGGGAUGAAAUACAUGGGAAAGAUUUGAAAUGCUCAAAGAAAGAAGUUAAUCUGUAACACUUUAUUUAUUGUACAUUUUGAUAUGCUGAGAGACGUGAUGCUGCCACCACCAUGCUUCACCGUGGAGAUGGUGUUCUUUUGGUGAUAUGGGUUUUUUUUCACCAAACAAAACUUUUGUAAUUUUCGAACUAUUAUAGCUUUUGGAAUUGCUCUCAUCAGAACAGAACAUAUUUUGCCACAUGGUUUGGGGUGAUUUAGUUGGGCUUGGAUGUUUUUUGUGAGAAAGGGAUUCAGUCUAGCCACCCUACCCUGUAACCAACGUGUGAAGAAUAUGAGAGAUUGUUGUCACAUGCAGGAAGUAAUCACUUCUUGUCAGAUGUUCCUGUAUCUCAUUUAAUGGUGUCUUGGCAGCCUCCCUGGUAUGUUUUUGUCUUGCCCGUUUGUACAUUUUAGAGGGAUGUCCUUUUCAUGGUGAUGUUACUAUAGUGCUCCGUUUUCACCACUUGCUGAUGAUGGCCUUCACAGUGUUCCAUGAUACAUCUAAUGUUUUGGAAGUUCUUUUGUACCCCUCUCCUGAUCGAUACCUUGCAUGAUUUGUAAGCUAAUAGGUGUAAUAGGUUUAGACUUUUAAGGAGUUUAUUUUAGGCAGCUCUCCCUGAUGUCGUCAUGGAGGAGGCGGAAGAGGACUCCAGUGGCAACCUAUGAAGCUCUGGUGAACUCCAUGCCCAAGAGGGUUAAGGCAAUGCUGGAAAAUAAUGGUGGCCACACAAAAUAUUGACACUUUGGGCCAAAUUUGUACAUUUUCACUUAGCUAUGUACUCACUUUUGUUACCAGCGGUUUAGACAUUAAUGGCUGUGUGUUGAGUUAUUUUGACGGGACAGCAAAUUUACACUGUUACACAAGCUGUACACUCACUACUUUACAUUGUAGCAAAGUGUCAUUUCUUCAGUGUUGUCACAUGAAAA